CCCACCCAACUUUAUCACAACAAAAGAACAAAGCAGAUCAUCAGAAGACAAGACAAAGGGAUUCCAUGGAAGCAAAAUUAUAAGUUAAUGAUCCAAUAAAUCAAUGAACUAAGCUUAAUUAAAAAUACACAAUAAAUCAAGAGCUUUGCGUAACACAAAAUGCCUGAUCUUACUUUCUUGAACCACAAUGUCCGUAUCAAUGAAAGCUGCAUCAAACUGCGGUCGUCUGAGCUACAGACCUUCAAACUGGAGGGCGAACCUCUGGCUGCAUGGCUUUUGCGAGCAGUGACAUUCAUUGACUUGACAACUUUAGGAGGUGAUGAUUGUGAAUCGAAUGUGGCUCGACUCUGCCGAAAAGCAAAAAAUCCCAUAGGCAGUGAUAUUCUUCAGCUUCUGCUUGGUCCCAAAAACCAGAGAAAAAUCACUACAGCAGCUGUUUGCGUCUACCCUGCAAUGGUACCUUAUGCAAAGAAGAAUAUUGAUGUGAUCGGUGCAAACCUCCCUAUUGCUUCAGUUGCUGCUGGUUUUCCAAGUGGUUUGUUUCCUUUGGAAACUCGUCUAAGAGAAAUCCAGCUGGCAGUGGAGGCCGGCGCAACCGAGAUUGAUAUUGUUGUUGAACGGCAUCUUGUGAUCAACCAAAACUGGGCUCAACUGUACAAUGACACUGCUGACAUGAAGAAGGUGUGUGGAAAAGCCCACAUGAAGUCGAUUCUUGCUGUUGGUGAGCUCGGAAGUUUGGAAAAUAUUUACAACGCCUCUAUGGUCACCAUGUUUGCCGGCUCGGACUUCAUAAAAACCUCAACGGGAAAAGAAGCUGUCAACGCUACAUUGCCAUCUGGUUUGGUAAUGUGUAGAGCCAUCAGGGAUUAUUACGCAUUGACUGGACGAAAGGUCGGACUAAAGCCUGCUGGUGGUCUACGCACGGCUCAAGACGCUGUCGUUUGGAUGAACAUGAUUAAAGAAGAGCUCGGUUUGGAUUGGUUGAAUCCCAGCCUCUUUCGAAUUGGUGCCUCUGGCCUUCUUGGAAACAUUGAGCGAACCUUACUGGAGCUAGCAACUGGCCAAAAAGAGCCAUCAUUCAUUCCAAUUCCAGCUAUGUGAUUUGAUUUUUUUUUCGUUAACAGAUAUUUUUGUGCCAUACUAAGUUUUACUGACAAUUUUCAUUUCAUGGGACCAAUAUUAUAUUUUAAAACCAGUGUUGAAGAUAACUAAAAGAUAUAUAUUUUAUCCAUUCUA